UGUCAGUGAGAGAGUCACCGGCCGGCAGCUUUGCUGGGACGUUACUGAUCUUUUAUUCUGUUUUAUUUUCUUCCCUUUUAUACAAUUUCCUCUUCUCUUUAACUCCUGACUGCAGAGGAGACCCAGAGAGUUACCGGAGGGUGAGCGACGUGAAGAGAGACUCGGAGACAGAGAGAGAGGACAGCGAGAAAGAGAACGGGAGGGAGCGGGUGUUAAAAAAAAUUCGUUAUUUAAAAGCUCCUCUAACAAACCAGAAAAGGUGCUGGUGAGGAUUUUUGUUAACCGUGUGCGGCAACCAACAAACUCUCCCUAACACACGGAAAUUUGAUGGAUUAAUUUGAGUUUUUCCACAUUUUUUAUUUAUUUUUUUUACCUGGGAUAUUUUCUGCCUUGCAGCGGAAUUCUUCCUGUUUUACCUGCCCUAGGUGAAAGAGGGAGGAGAAGGAGGGCAAGAAGAGGCGAGAAAUAGAAGAGAAAAAAGAAGAAAGAAAAGGAAGGAGACGGGAGGUGGGCUAAGAGAAUCAUUCCAGUUUUCUCUCGGAUGGGCUUCUUCCCUUACCAAGCGGAUGGAGGGAUGAAACCGGGAGAGAAGAAGACUGGGGAGAGUGUGAAAGAGAGAGGAGGGAGGAAAAAAGGAUGUAGUCGUCGGGCGCUGUGAGAAUGCAAAACGGACGCACCCCUCCGGAAGACAGGAUUGAACUAUAAACCUAAACGGAAUUUACAGGCACCUAAAGGAUAUUACACACAUUUACAACGAUAUAUACAUAUAUGGGGCAUAUUUUCUUAUUUGGAACCUAUUUGUGUGGAAUUACAACUACAAUUGCCACUACCAUCGCAAUAAUGGGAUUUGGAGAAAUAAUUGCGCGCUGACGGCCGGUGAACGAAGAAAACGUAACCUGCAACGAGUGAGUAAAAACCCAGCAGACGAUUUUGGACCGGCACCUUCAUCCAUGAUGCUGUAGCUGUGGCAGUCCUGGUAACAUGUGAAUCCUGCAGAGUCUUAUCAGCUUUUACAUCUCUAACGGUGUCGUUUCCAGGUAGGGGUGCUAACCAUGGAAAGGCUGCUACUGUGUGUAAUGCUGGCCGUUGCCAUGGCUGUGCAGGCACAGAUAUGCCCGAAGCGCUGCGUAUGUCAAAUACUGUCACCCAACCUGGCAACCCUCUGUGCCAAGAAAGGUCUACUGUUUGUCCCGCCCAACAUUGACAGACAUACAGUGGAGCUACGACUGGCUGACAACUUUGUUACAAGUGUGAAAAGGAAAGAUUUUGCAAACAUGACGCGGCUGGUGGACCUAACAUUAUCCAGAAACACCAUCUCUUACAUCACACCUCAUGCCUUUGCUGAUCUGGAAAACCUCAGAGCCCUACACCUCAACAGGUAUGAAUUCAAAAUGAUGGCUUACAAUAUGAAUUUUUUUUUUAGACAUUUUCGAUGUUGUUGGAAGUUUUCUCUCUCUUCAACCUCUCACAGCAAUCGACUGACGAGGAUAGGCAAUGAUACGUUCAGCGGGAUGUCCAAGCUUCACCACCUGAUUCUGAACAACAACCAGCUGGUCAUGAUUCACCAGGGAGCAUUCAAUGACCUGCUGGCACUUGAAGAGUUGGAUCUCAGUUACAAUAAUCUCGACUCUAUUCCGUGGGAGGCCAUUCAGCGAAUGACGAGCCUCCACACGCUGAGUUUAGACCACAACAUGUUGGACUUCAUUCCAGAGGGAACCUUUUCCCUUUUACAGAAACUAAACCGGCUGGAUGUCACCUCUAAUAAACUCCAAAAGCUACCACCUGACCCACUUUUUCAACGAGCACAGGUUCUAGCAACGUCAGGGAUCAUGACCCCCUCUUCCUUUGCACUGUCAUUCGGUGGCAACCCUCUCCACUGUAACUGUGAGUUACUCUGGCUGCGACGACUGAACAGAGAGGACGACCUGGAGACGUGUGCCACACCCCAGCACCUGUCUGGCCGAUACUUCUGGUCCAUCCCUGAAGAGGAGUUCCUCUGCGAGCCCCCGCUCAUCACCAGAUACUCUCAUGAGAUGAGGGUUCUUGAAGGCCAGAGAGUUGCCCUCAGAUGUAAGGCAAGAGGUGACCCAGAGCCAGCCAUCCACUGGAUCUCUCCUGAGGGUAAACUGGUGUCUAAUUCCUCCAGAACACUGGUCUACGCUAACGGGACUCUGGACAUCCUCAUCAGUACCGUGAAAGACACCGGCUCCUUCACCUGCAUCUCCUCCAACCCGGCAGGCGAAGCUCACCAGACAGUGGAUCUGGUUAUUAUAAAACUCCCCCACAUUUCCAACAAUACAAACAACAUCCAAGAGCCUGACCCGGGAUCGUCAGACAUUUCCACAUCAACCCGAGGUGGCGCCAACGGGAGCAACGUGACUGGUGAUGUAAAGAGCGGUGUGGAUAAGAGGGUGGUGACGGCUGAGGCCACGUCAUCAACUGCACUGAUCAAGUUCAACUUCCAGAGGAACAUACCAGGAAUUCGGAUGUUCCAGAUACAGUAUAAUGGAAGCCAGGAUGACUCACUGGUUUACAGAAUGAUCCCUCCAUCAAGCAAGAACUUCCUAGUCAACAACCUGGCAGCAGGAACCCAGUACGACCUCUGCGUGCUGGCCAUCUAUGAUGACGUCAUCACCUCUCUGACAGCAACACGAGUGGUCGGCUGUGUGCAGUUCACCACCGAGUCAGAGUACAUGAGGUGUCAUUUCAUGCAGUCUCAGUUCCUGGGUGGGACUAUGAUCAUCAUCAUCGGCGGGAUAAUAGUGGCCUCUGUGCUAGUUUUUAUUAUCAUCCUAAUGAUACGGUAUAAGGUGUGUAACCCUAGUGACGGCGGAAAGGGCAUUUCAAUGUCAAUGACCAACGUUCACUCACAGACCAAUGGGCAGCAAUCGCAGGGAUGCACCGUGACUCCCAGCUCCUCCAAACAUGGCUCAAUCGGAUUAGACGACCUCUCAGGAGGCACAAAGAGGAGCGGAGCUGCAGCAGGAGGAGGUGGGGGUAAGGAUGCAAUGCCUCAGUCCUCUGAGUCGUCCCUGCCUGACUGCUCCACGACUACAUCGGUUCUCAGCCAGGCUUGGUCGGCCAAAAGCCCAACAGCUGGAGUCGAGGAACGGGAGAAAUCAAUUGAAGAGAGAGCUCAAGCUGGCGUUGCAUCACCCACUGCCACCACAGGUUCCCUACACAAGCCAAAGCGAAAGCCCGCCCCAAGUAAGCCCGGCUCUGCUGGCUCCAGUGCCCCGGGAAUGAUCGAGAACAUCCCAGCUGCCUCCUCCACACGACCACCUUCCUCCUCUUCCACUGUAUCCUCUGCUCUCCUCCCUUCCUCAUCCCCCACUCCCCUGGAGAACCUCAACACCAACCGAAACAACUCGACCUCUCUCAAUAUGACCCCACCACCUCCCUUUGCCUCUUCCCCUUUCUUCACCCCCGUCGCCACACCGAGCCCAGUCCCAUCUGUGCGAUUUAGAGAGACGCCCAUCCUGCGCCGGGCUCCUCGCACCGCCUCCUCCUCUACCAGAUAUCAGACUCUUCCUGUGGAGGAGGGAGGGAGGAGCAGAGCGAGGAGGAGGUACUCGCUCAGUGAAGGAGGCUCAAAAACUCACUCUAGCCACCAGGGAGGAGGAGGAGGAGGAGGAGGAGGAGGAGGAGGAGUACCCAAAAUAGGACGCGUAAUACGGAACAAAAGAAGCCAAUCAAUGAGCGGUAUGCUGCUCCCCAAAGACGGGGACGAAGAGUCGGACAAAGGGAGGUGUGACUCUGACUGGAUCUUAGAAAGCACAGUUUGAACUGGAAUGAACCAGCGAGCAUAAAAAUGAACUUUGGUUUAUUCAUUGUUUGUCCUUCGUGCGAGUGGACGCGUGAGUGUGCGUCUUAGUUUUAUUAUAGGUGUAUGCGUGAAAAGCCUGCUUGUGACAUGAAACCGUGUGUGUUGUUACUGUGUGUUUUCCUGUUUGAAUUUUGUUUCUAGACGUGUGAGAGCCUGGCUGGGUGUUUCUAGAAAAGACGUGUGUGUGUGUGCUUUUUCUUUUCAGCCUGGUUUUUUUUUUUGUUCUUUUCAUAACUUUUCUCCACAGUUAUUUGUACUCGGUUUACAGUUUUGUUUUUGUUUUUUCCACUUUAACAGUAUCCAUUUUGCAGUUGAUCAUUCAGCGAGUGGAUAACUUGCCUUGUCUCGUAGCGUCCUCGAGUUGUCUCGUUGGUUCCACUUUAUAGCACAAAAGAAAAACAAGACAAUGGACUCGCCACGUCAUUUCCCGAUUCACUUUCACCUUAUCUGAAAAUACCACAAAAAGGGAAUUAAUACAGGAAAUAAGAGGAAUAAAAAAAAAAAAAUACAAAAACGGGAAAAGCACACCAUUCUUAAUGCUCACAACUCACAGAGAUGCGCAUCCGUAAUGUGGCAAGAGAAUAGCAGUCGGUGCCUUCUUUUGCAGACCUUCACUAACAGAUACUCUAACCGGAUUUAGGACUCCACCGCGGCUCCACGAAUUAGGGGAUGGAAAAAGGAAGAGCGAUUUCACGCAUAGCCUUUCUUACCUGUUGUGGAGUACGGAUCUUUUCUGGAGCUAUAAAGACAAAAUGUUACAGACAGAUGAAAACUUUAAUGAACUGCUUAUGAAAUUGAUAUUUUUUAAAAGGGAAAUAUUAAAAAAAAAACAAACAAAGAAAAAAAUCAACAUGAGAACGAGCUUUUCACUGACAUUGGUAUACUACAGCCUGUGUCGGUCACAAGCUCAGAGAAAGCUUCUGUACAGACAACAUGUACUGUGUUGUUAUGUUGUGUAAAA